UCCACCACAGGAACAGUAAGAGGAAGAAAAAAUUAGCAGAAAAUAAAGCCACUUCCUCUUUUUAGAGAUUUCUAAAAUGAGAGUGGAGACGCCAAAUUGAAGUUUGAGCGAAGAAAGAUUUCAACUUUCUAACAGCAGAAAGAGGGCUAACCCUAGCUCUCAUUUUUGAGCUGCUAGUGCUUAAAUUGCAAUGGAAACCCCGAAUGCAUCCAGUGAAAAUGUAGGGUUAGAUGUUAAACCCUUGAGAACACUAUCACCUAUGUUCCCAUCAACCUAUGGCAUCAAUUCAGUUUCCCAAUCUAAUGCACAUCCCUUCAUCUACAUCUCCCCCUCUGAACACUCAUCAUUCCCUCCUUUUGCUGCUCCGAAUCAACCUGUACACUCAACUCCUAUUCAUGCCACACCGAUUUCUAAUGGACCUAGACCAAAUUUGUACUCCAAUGGCACCCCAACAUUUUACUCCCCAUCUAUUGAUCUCCUCGAUGAGGAAGACGAAGAAGUCCUGCCCAGUGCUCAAACUUCAGCCUUUGGUAGGAAAAUCAAGAAGCCAAGUCAUUUGGGUGGCUACCAAGUUGGCAGUAAUUCUGUUACAGAUGGCAGCACUUCUACUCCAGUGAAGACGCCGCAGAAAAAGAAGCCCAAAAAAGUUCAGAAAAUUGACUCAGGUUUGGUGCCUUCCCUUCUUGAUCCUAGAGACUCAGUCGAGAUUGUUCUUAUGACUUUUGAUGCUCUAAGACGGAGGUUAUCACAGUUGGAGGAUGGAAAAGAAGGGAAAAAUUCACGCCCGGAUUUAACGGCCGCAAAUACUUUGAUGACAAAUGAUCUCAGGGCGAAUAGAGGGAAGAGAAUUGGUUCAGUUCCCGGUGUUGAAAUUGGAGAUAUUUUUUAUUUUAGGAUGGAGUUGUGUAUUGUUGGUCUUCAUGCUCCGAGCAUGGCCGGAAUUGAUUACAUGUCCGCUCAAUUCAAUGAUGGUGAUGACACUGUUGCUGUUAGUGUUGUGUCAGCUGGUGGUUAUGAGAAUGAAGAGACCGAUACUGAAUCAUUGAUUUAUAGUGGACAAGGGGGUAAUGCUAACAUUGAUCAGAAGCUUGUAAGGGGGAAUCUUGCACUGGAGAGAAGUCUGCAUAGAGGAAAUACAGUUAGAGUCAUUCGCAGUGUAGGAGAUUAUACCACGACGAAUGGUAAAAUUUAUUUCUAUGAUGGUUUGUAUAAGGUCCAGAGCUCAUGGGUUGAGAAAGGAAAAUCAGGUUUUAAUGUUUUUAAAUUUAAGUUGUUGAGGGAACCAGAGCAGUCUCCUGGACUUGCUAUAUGGAAAAUGACACAGCAGUGGAAAGAUAUUCCAGCCUCGAGAGGCAGAAUGAUAUUGCCGGAUUUAUCCUCUGGCGCUGAAAACUUACCGGUUUGCCUUGUUAAUGAAGUUGACGAUGAGAAAGGACCAAGCCACUUCAGAUACAGUACUAAAGUUGCGUAUUUAAGGCCUCUUAACUCCAUGAAGCCUUUGGAGAUUUGUAGGUGUGCAAGUGUUUGCCUCCCCGGUGAUGUUAAUUGCACUUGUGCGAAAUUAAAUGACGGUGACCUUCCUUAUAGUUCGAGUGGAGCUCUUGUGAGUCGGAAGCCUCUAAUCUAUGAAUGCAAUGCAUCUUGCUGUUGUUCUUCAAAUUGCCGAAACAGAGUGACUCAAAAGGGUGUUAGAAUCCAGUUUGAGGUUUUCAAGACAAGGGAUAGAGGCUGGGGGCUACGAUCUUGGGAUCCUAUUCGGGCAGGUACUUUUAUUUGUGAGUACACUGGAGAAGUCAUAAAUAAGAUCAAUUUAGAGGUUGACAAUGCUGAAGAUGAUCACUAUAUCUUUCAAACAAUCGGUGUUGAUGAAAAAGCAUUUAAAUGGAAUUAUGGGCCUGAGUUGUUAGGGGAUCCGAGUGCUGAUUACUCAAGUGAAAAUCUGGGGCCAUUACCUAUCAUUAUAAGUGCAAGGCAUAUGGGGAAUAUAUCUCGUUUCAUGAAUCAUAGUUGUUCUCCUAAUGUCUUUUGGCAGCCGAUUUUGUAUGAUCAUGGCGAUGAAGGAUAUCCACACAUUAUGUUUUUUGCAAUGAAGCAUAUUCCUCCGCUGACUGAGCUGACUUAUGAUUAUGGUAUGAGUAAUGGUGCUGGCUCUCGCAUGACGAGGAAAUGUUUAUGUGGAUCACCAAAGUGUCGAGGACUUUUUGGAUAAAGAUUUAGCAAUAUAUCUAUGGAGCGUGUUUUUGCUAAUCCAGUGUGUGAAGGUUUUGGUUUCUUGUACCUGCAGUAGAUGGUAAGCACAAACCUAAAAGAAAUCUAAAGCAGAAUCUGAGACGCGAAGGUAUAUAUCGUCGCUGUAUUUUGAUAGCUUAUGUGCAGACUGUAGGCACAAAAUCAGCCAUUCUGUAGUAAAUUCUAGAACUAAAUGAAGUAGCUCUCUGUUUUUUGUUGUAGUUGAAGUUCUUUCAACUGCAUAACUUUAAAAUCUGUGGUCUUGAAUUAAAGCUUUUGCGUCGUCUUUGCUGUAAGAUAAUUAUCGACUCUCCUUUUUAGAUUUUGAACAGGUUGGGUGUCUUGAAAGCAUUUUCUGGUGGAACAGUGCUUUAUUAUGAGUGGUUUGUGAUA